CGGUGCCGGUGCCCAUGCCGGAAGUGCCCGGGGAAGCUGCGCAGGCGGCGGUGGGACUUGGGUAAACAACACCGGCAGCGCCGCGGCUCUGGCGUAGAGAAAAUAAUGGAAACAAGAACAUCAUCUUCAAGUCAUGUCAGUUUUCGUAUACCAAAGAAGAAAACAAACGCCAAGUCAGAGGAUGUCCAAGUUCAGUCCCCUUUGGCAAGGCUUCCAGGCUCCCCCAAUUGGGACUACCCUUUAAAAGAGUGGAAAUUAAGUGCCAACAACAGGGAGCCUUCCAAGAAAAGAAAAAGGCACAAGGAUUCUGACAGAUGCACUUCUAAUGAUGAAGAAUCAGUUGGGCAACCCAAAGUUAUCUUGACGAAUGUCCUGUGGAUGAACAUAGGAAGAAAAUACAAACAGAUACAACCUAAAAGUGGUGCUAAUUUUUCUGAUGCUGACAAGUUGCAGUCAGAUCAACCACCUUCAUCAUCUGCUGUCAGCUUAAAGACAUGGCAAAUUUUAAACCCUACUCUCCAAAGCCUUUUUCUAUCUAGAAGGCAACCCAAAGUUAUCUUGACGAAUGUCCUGAGGACGAAAAUUGGAAGAAAAUACAUAGACAGACAUGUAAUAAUUGAUGCAAAUUUAUCUGAUGCUGACAAAUUACAGUCGGGUCAUCUACCCUCAUCAUCUGUUGCCAGCCUACAGACAUGUCAAACACUAAGUUCUCCUCAUGAAAGUUCUUUUCUGUCUGAAAGGUCUGAGCGUUGUCUGACAAAGACGGAUGAUGAUCUAUGUAAAUUGACAAAGGCUUCUAAGGAACCAGAAAAAAAUAAUUUCACUUUUAGAAGACGUGAACUGCAGAAGAAAGAAAACAAGAACUAUGAUGAACUGGAAAAGAGAGGCAGAAACAUGAACAGCACUCCCAUUAGUCAGAAGGAACCUGGGGAAAGGAAAAGAAGAUCUAGUGGCCUUAUUUCUGAUGAUUGUAACGCACACAUUCCAGAAAAAUCACUUUUACCAUCUAAGGAGCAAAGACCGAGUUCAUCUAGGUGCAGUGGCCGCAGCACACCCUGUGAGGAUGGACAAGGCCGCAGAUCCGACAAAGUGCUGGAGACAGAGUGUAUUCUUCAGCCCUUAAAGAGAGACUAUAAAGAUGCUUUCACCCACAAGCACUUAAGGCCUUCUGACAGCUGCAGAAAGGAACCUGGCUCAGACUCCUCUCUCAGAAAUUUGUCAGAGAAACAACUUUCUGCUACCAGCGAGGACCUGAUUUCACCACGAGUUAGUACCAUCAGGAGAUUAAAGAUGGACACAUCGGAAUACUUGAGCAAGCUGCGGAACAGAAUCUACAGGGGUAAUCGGCAACUUGUUUCAAUUGACCCAAUUGUCCUUUCCAGCGAUGAUGAAGAUGGACCUUCUGAACCACAAGGCACAGAACUGCUGCAGGAUAAUAUCACUGGCAGUAAAGAAACAGGCCAACAGUCUGACUUCUGUUACUCAGCAAAGCAAUUGGAAGACAAGAUGGGAAGUCCCACAGAGCAGUUUUUAUCAGAGUCAAUUGAAGAUAAAUGUCCUGUCAGCUUACCUUCUGGAAGCACACCUACAAAACAGAUGAACCCAACCUUGGACGUUAAAUUUCAUAGUCUAUACAUUGGAAAAUUUAAAUGGCUCUCAACAGGUCCUGCUAGGUUUACAACCAAGUAUAUUACGAUCCCAUUUCAAGUGGCUCUUAAUAAGAACAUUAAGCUGACAGUGGAUACCCUGGAUCUGAGGAGGUUUGGCUUAUGGAAAAGUGAUGGUGGCUGUUCUUCAACAAUGUUCGUUUUCCUUUGGUUGUCUGUGGAUUAUCUAGAAAAGAUUGAAACCCAAUUAGGAAAGUUAGUUAUCAGCAAACCAUCCAAAUCCAGUGAAUUUCUAUUUCUUGAACUGUCCCAGCCACUCACAGAAUGGGAUCAGGAAAGACUGACUGAACUGAUUAUGGAUGUGAGCAAGAAGAACAGAGCACCAGAUCUCCCUGAAUUUUUGUCUUUGAAGCACGCAUUACCCUUGUUUAAGGAUCUUUCUCCUGAAGAGAGCUCUUUUUUGAGUUACGGUAAGGAUCUAUUCAAGCAAUGUCUGCCAAAAGAGAAGACCUCAGAUGCUCAUGAGCCUGCAGUUCAGGAGUCAAAACUGAAAGUGUCCAGGCCUAGUUAUGCCCUUGCAAAUAAGCAGAACAGUGGUUGCUAUUCUAUUUGUUUGUCCUCUGCACUGAAUGAAGAAUGGAGAGAAGUAAGAGAAACAGGCACAGUUAAGAAUUUAAUUGUUUAUCCACCCCCACCUGAAAAAGGAGGACUGGGAGUCACAAGAGAAGACCUAGAGUGCUUAGAAUAUGGAGAGUUUCUCAAUGAUGUCAUCAUUGAUUUCUAUCUGAAAUACCUGUUGUUGGAGAAGGUGCCAAAACAUCUUGCUGACCGUACACACAUUUUUAGCAGUUUCUUUUACAAGUGCCUGACCAGGACAGAAAAAAACUCUGAGGGGGAUCUCAAAGUUUCAGCAGCACAGAGAAGACACAGAAGAGUAAGAACAUGGACUCGUCAUAUAAACAUCUUCACUAAAGAUUAUAUCUUCGUGCCUGUGAAUGAGGAGUCUCAUUGGUACAUUGCAGUUAUUUGUUUUCCUUGGUUAGAAGAAGCUAUAUAUGAGGAAUGGCCCCAUCAGAAUUCAUUACGUCAUCAGCCUCAACUGUCUCCACUUCAGUCAGAGAGUGAGAACACUCCAUGUGGUUCACCGUUGGCCUUUUCUGGUAACUGCAAUAUUGAAGAAGUGGUGGAUGCUAACAGAAGUUUAUUCUCAAAAGAUGACAAUGAACUGGGUGCUUCUGCUUCCAUCCUGGAUUCAGGGAUUUCUAAAAUCUCCCUAAGUAAUUCCAAAAGGCAGAUUUGUAAAAGGCCUUGUAUACUCAUCUUAGAUUCUUUGAAAGCUGGUUCUGUGCAGAAAACAGUUCAGAUUUUGAGAGAGUACCUUGAAAUGGAAUGGGAAGCUAAACGAAAAACACAUCGAGAAUUCAAUAAAUCAACAAUGAUUGGCCUGUGUCCCAGAGUGCCUAAGCAAGAUAACAGCAGUGAUUGUGGAGUCUAUUUGCUGCAAUAUGUGGAAAGCUUCUUCCAGAAUCCCAUAGUUAACUUUGAAGAGCCACUGCAUCUGGAGAAGUGGUUCCCUCGUCAACUGAUCAGAAGCAAAAGAGAAGAAAUUCGAGACCUGAUCUUGCAACUGCACUUUCAACAGCAUAGUGGCAGUAGCAGCUAAUAAAUCUGAUAAGCCAAACCUGGCAAAGAACAUUGCUGUAUAAAAAAACUGGAACUCAGCCUAGCAUCCUUUGGAUUCUUUCUGCCUUGAAAGGAAGAAAAAAAAAAACAAAGAGAAAAGAAUGGAAAAAAAACCUCCCACAAGAAGUGUUUUGUUUGUUUGACUUAUAUUUAUUUAGGCAGUGUGGUUUUUUUUUUUCAUUUGAGUUGUGUAGCCAUAUAAUGCAUUGAGGUGAAGGAGAAGGUUGUUGAUAAGUGUAAAUAUUUAAGUUAAAGCUGAUAUAUGUGGAUUGCUAAUUGGUUAUUUACGUGGAAUAUGAAAGCUGCACACAAGUAUGUACCACAAGCACUUAAAAUAUUUUAAUCUUUUGGAAACUGUUGUUUACAAUUCUGUAUCAACGUGGAUGAUCAGUAAGAGCCAAGCCUGAGGACAGAUUUUCACCCUGUACUGUCUUUGAUUUUGCAGCUCGUACAAAUAGAAUGAAUACUAUGUAUUGUUUUAAUUUAAGGAUCUAAUAUUGACUCUCUUUAGAGAUGUAUUUUUUAUUUAUUUCUGAUUAUAUACAGAAGUAGUCUGCAUGUGUCAGAAAAUUCUGCCAAGAUUUGAGGCUGCUAAGUUUGAAUAGUUUUAUUUUUUUCCCCUCCCAAGCAUUUUCAUCGUAAAACUUUAUUUCCAUGAGUGGAAGACAUUUGUUUGAGAGUGACCACUGAAAUCUUUUCAGUUGAAGAGUGGAUUUUUUUAAAAAGUGUAUUUUUCUUUCUUACCAGAUUUUAGAAGAAAUCUUGCUCUCAAGUGUCAAUACAAUACACGUAGGCAGUAGUUUUUUAAUCUUAUUCACCUUAUUUUGGGGAGUUAUUCCUGCAAAUUUUAUGGCAUUACUUGCAAGCAAGUUAUGGCACAACAACCCUAAAAGUUAGAGGUGUUUUACUUAAAAAGAUUACCAUUCUCCUUCACAAAAGUCAUUAUGUUGUAUAUAAGAAGUCCUUUAGAUAUGCAACUUAUAAAUCCUGUUUGUCUUAUAUGUAUUUUGUUCAGAAGAAUUGAAUUGAGGAAAGGUGCCUGAAUAAUUGUUUGAACUUGAUAAACUAGCACAAGUUUAUCUCUGUCAAUAUACAUAUUUAUGUAGUUUUUCCAGAGUGAUCACGUAAAACUUUAAUAAUAUUUUGACACCUGCACACUUUUAAAUGUAGCUAUUGCACGACAGAAGGUGACUACUCUAAGAGGGUGCUUUCUGCUGUUCCCCACUGUGAGUAAACUUCAGUGUCAUCACACACUUCAGAAGGGCCAUGUGUCAGAUAACCACCAAAACCACCCGAUUCACAAAUGUAUGUACAAAACCAGAGCUCUUCAGGCUUGGAAGUAGGCUAGAGAGUAGAAGUUGAGGGCAACCCAAAGAUGUGAACAUUUUUAUGCUAUUGCAAAAUUCUCAGGGCCUCUUUCCUAAAGACUGCUCUUGAAACCUAGCAUUUUAUUACUUCAGGUUCUGUACAGUCAUCCAAAAAACCCCGUCACUAUUGUUUCUCAAACCAGGAAUCAUUCUUUCUGGAGAAGAGAGGCAAUUUAAAACCAAAAUAAUUUGCUGAGCACAGUUACUUUCUGUAUAGCUGUGAGCAGCCUAGUGCAUUUACUGUACAUUUUUUGUCUUUGUUUCUACUUUAAUUCCGUGGCUUUUCACUACCCUCCACAAAAUCUACCGCCCUCAUUGCUGAAGUUUUGUGGCUUUCAUGACCUAAUGACAUCAGCAAUACUUAGAGGGAUAAUCCAUAUAUUUAUUCUGAUAGACAAAAGAUAAAAUGUGGAAAUGUGUACCCUUUCUCUGCACCUUUUUAGUUUAACGCUUUUGGUGUUCCUUUAUGAAAAAAUAGUUAGCACUUUUUCUUAUGGUAGAGCUAGUUUUUGUUAUAAAGUAACUUCUUGUUUUUUGGUUUGACUGAUUUAAAGAUAUUUAAAAGCAAAAGUAAUGUAUGAACUUUUCUAAAUUGGUUUUAUAAUGUUAAACAUUUUCCUUUGUAGAUUUGUUAGAUAUGUACUACAAGAAUGCCAAUACAUUUGAUAUUAAAAUUAUCUCCAGAAGUUGCUGAA